CAGCAGCAUGAGCAGCAACAGCAACAACAGCAACAACAACAGCAACAGUUACUUCAACAGCAACAACAACAACAGCAGCAGCAACAGCAGCAUCGUCUUUAUCAGCUCCAGCAGCAGCAGCAACUUCGCCUUCAAUUAGAGCUCGCCAGCCGAACGCAAUUGCCUCAGAGUCCAGCACCAGGAAUGGGGUACUCUACACCCCUCCAGCAAUUCCCACAUCAUCUUCAUGGAAUGGUGCAGUUUCCAUCCGGCCACUCGCCCGCCCAAUCGCCUCUCUCUCCUAGCAAUUACGCUGGUGACGACUACUUCUCGUCAAGGCAAGCAUCACCAGGCCCUGCCUCGUCGCCGAGUGCAUCGUCCAAGAUCAAAUCGAGGCCCAGGCCCUCGACCGCUGGGGCCAGGAUGUCUCAAGGUGGUAUAAAGGCGCUCUUUGGACAAGGUGGAUCCAAGAGCAACCGCAUCUCUCUUGACCUAAAAACGGAGCCAUCUAUCAACCUGCCUCCACCACCACCGCCACAACAGGGACUGACAGCCACGUUGAUGGCCGCCAAUCAGACAGCCGGUAACAUUGUGCCUCCCAAAACACCGCCUCCCCCUCGGAAAAAGAAACCUGCAAAGACUAUGUCUGCCGAAAUACCCAUUCCGACUCCAGCUGUAUUGAGUGCUGUACUGGAAGGGAUCGCACAACAGGACACUAGUUUAACAGGCAUCAACCAUGCAGAAGGAGCACCACCUGUCCUCACACUGGCAGAGCGACGUGCGGCAGCGGCAGCGGCAGGAAUCCAAAGACGGAGGUCAGCGUCGGAAUCGUCUACCCUUGCGUUUAAGCCUGGCUCAGUAUCAUCGAUACCAGCGUCCCUCAUCCCCCCCAGCCUUGGUCUGGACUCGGAGGCGAAGCGCUUUAUUCUCUCUCCAAAUGUUACUCCUGGAAGUGAAACUCUUCCCCUACCGAGUCCUUCGAUUCUCUCGACAUCAGCAUCAUCGCCAGCGCCGAUACAGAUUGGAAGGAUUACUCCUCGGCACUCCUCCUCUCAAGCGCGGACGGAAGAACAGCAACGACAGCUCGAUGCUGCUAUGGAGCGGGUUGACUUCGACGAUGUGACAGUGGCGGAGUUGAAGGAGAUGCUCCGGCAGCGUGGGAAGCACGGGGGAGGCAAGAAGGCGGAUUUGAUUAAGAGGCUGCAGUCGGAAAUCGAUAUUAUUCGAGCUAAGCGUCAGUCUGAUACACGACAGGGUACAGCAACCAUCCCACCACCUCUUGCUUCACCGACUCAUCAGCUGUACAAGACCCUGGGAGGCAUGCAUAUAGGACCCGCACCUGUGCAUAACAGCAUGGCAGCCGCAGCUGCCGGAACGACAACGACGACGACAUCGGGACCAUCCCAUUUGCGAUAUUCCCUCUACGAUGAUGUCCCACCAGAGCCAGGAGCAGGCAUGGGCACCAUCCUGGAGAAUGGAAUGGGAGCACCCUCUGGAGCAGGAUUUGGCACAGGACACUUGACAGCUCACUCCAACACUUAAAAUAAUUAAAGAGAGAAGCGAUAAAGCCUGCUAUCUCUUUUAUUCUUUGUAGUGUUCAGAGUGCUCUGGAGAAAAUGAGAUUAAAGUUUGUCCCAAGUUUUGUGUAACACUUCUUUGUCUCGUUGCUAUCGCGAUGCUCUUUUUUUUUUUUUUUUUUUUUUUU